UGUAACCCUCGUGACUGGAAGUGGACAAAAAAAAAAAAAAACAUGGAACGACUUUGUUUUGAUUUCGCCUGCAGCUACCUGUGUAACGUUUAAGGUUCCCAAAUACGGACAUUCAUCAAUACAAACAUUUUCUGAGGAAACCGAGUGUUCUCUAUCUAGAGCUUCAUCAUGGUGGAGCCCAGUGCCUCCGGCGUGUUCUGCAGCCGGAUGCUGAGCAUGGUCAAUUCCGAGGACGUCAACGCCAUCAUCCAGGCUCAGCGACACAUGCUGGAUCGCUUUGAGAAGACCAACGAAAUGCUGAUCAACUUCAACGGGCUGUCCAACGUGCGACUGCAGCAGAUGAAUGAGCGCUUCUUGCUCCACACGCGCACCCUCGUCGAGAUGAAGAAAGAUUUGGACAGCGUUUUCCGACGGAUCAGGACGCUCAAGGGGAAGAUUGGCAAGCAGUACCCAGAGGCUUUUAGUAACAUCCAUGAGUCACCCAUCCCAGAGGACGACGACGAUGAUGACUUGGACCCGGCGCCACCAAGUGGAGCCACCGCCAUCACCACGGCCACCUCAGGCCAGAGCUCAGAUUCCUGCGACUCCAGUCCCGACCUUGUUUCGCCCGCUGCUAGCAGAUGUUCUGAAGAGCUCUCCCAAGAAGCGCCCGACACACCCGUUUCGGACACCCAUCGGACGGCUGGACUGCAGGAUGAGGGCCCAGACUCUGUUUCGGCUGAGUAGCUUCACGUUACAUGUAGAUGGACUCAAAUUCAGUGUUUUUUUUUUUUUUUUAAAUACAGUGGUAAGUUGACUUUAAACUUUUUCGAGUUAUGAGUCGGUUGAAUGAAGUGGGGGGAAAAAAUGGAGCAGUUAGAGUACUGUAAUGCCCUUGCAUGUGGGCAAGGAGAGCGACAGUCGCAGAUGCACUUUAAGCAGUUUAGUGAACGGGACACACAGUCAAACACACAAAUGGAAAAUGAGAACACUCGCAAGGAGCUGCAGAAGGCCACAGCUGAGACCCAGUAGCUUGCACGCAGGCUAAAAUUAACCAACUCCAGCUCCUGAUGUGACUCACUUGGUCACACCCUCUAGAGACACGCAUCAUGUUUGUUGUUCAGCAUUUGCAAAUUUGUAGCUUUUUGGGAGGCUUGGGGGGCCAUAAUGACAACAGUCAAACUCCAAACUGGAAGGUCGGAACUGGCAUUUAAAUCCAGAACCUUGGCACUGCGCGUUAGACACGCUCACCAGUCGCACACCAUUCUUAGUUCUCUUUAUUUGAAAUGUAUUAGGUACUAUUUACAAGUCAAGCUUUCAGUGUCAAAACUAUUGUUAUUAUUAUGAAUCAUCAUUGACGAUGACAAGUACGCCAAUAUGCUAUGCAUGUGCAAUUGUGUCUUCACUAAAUGGUCCACUUUAUACACAUGAAGUGGGUCCUUUUUUCCAUGUCUUAGGUCGUGUCAAGAGUCACAUGGCUCUACUUUGUGAUACACUGUACAGUAAAAGCACUAGUGGUGCACGGGUUCCCUCAAGUGGUAUGAGAAAGAAUAACUUCCAAAGUACAGUCCAGUCGUAUAUAACUUAAGUUCUAUACUAUUGCAUUAAAUAUUUUAAAAGUUUUCUAACAUGUAUUUUGGUACAACUGUGAUGUUUAUAAUCAGUAAAAUAUUUCAGCGA